UCUGUGAUCAUACGGCCAUUGCCAUAGUUUUUUUAACCGUACAACAUUGCAUCUUAUCAUUCGUCAAUCGUCAGCUGAAAAUUAUUUUGUGGAUGCGUAUAUUGUGUUUAUUUAUAAAUCAGUACAGACACGCUAAACAAAAUGGCAACGGGAGUAAAACCUCGUGAUGAUGAACCUCGACUCACUAGAGACGAUAUUGAGACUAUUCAAGACGCUAUGAAGUCGAAGAAGUUUCGAGAUCUGCUUAGCGACUACUGCGAAGAAAUACUUGACCCGGCUAACCAGGAACUUUAUCAGAAAGAAAUGACCCAACUUGAGAAAGAACGGGGUUACGAUGUAACGUUUAUCAAUCCGAAGGGAGGUUAUGUUAUCAAAACAAGUGUCGCCGGCGACAGAAAAGCCUUCAUCAACAUCUGUAGCAACGAUAAAGUGGAUAAGCCGACUUAUAAGGUUGACGUGGUUGAUGGGAAGAGAGGCAUGAAUUGGCUUAUACCAUACUCAAUAAUACCGCCGCGUGAAGAAUACGACCGUAAUAAACAACGUUGCGUCAUUUACGACGUAGUUUUCCAUCCGGACACUCUCCGCAUGGCAGAGGUUAACAAACAAUUUCGGGAAUUAGUAAACAAAACUGCCUUCGAGGGAUUGUCUAAUACUUACAACAUUCACCUAGAUAGUAACAACUUUCGUUUUCCGAAGUCUCAGUAUAAGGGGAUGAGUACCGCGGCUGUUAUUAGGAAAGAAGAUCCUGACUAUAAGCCCCCGGCGGAAGACGAGGAUGAAACUUUAUCGCCCGAAAUGUUGGAGAAGCUUUACCCUCAACGCAAUUAUAAUGAAAAUAAAACCGAGUCUAAGUCAGAAAUCCCUAAAGAAACAAAAAAGACAUCUAGCAAAGUAAGAAGAAGCAAUUCUGAGUUCAUUCAUUCAUCUCAAAAUGGAUACACCAUUCCUAAGUAUGUCAUCAAGCAGCAGAAAAAUGUAGAGCUUCAAGACUACACUUAUCACAAAGAUUGCAAACAGUACAGUGCUAUACCAAGCCAGAUAGUUGUUGAGGUAUACCUCCCACUUCUGUCAUCAACUGUAGAUUGCACUCUGGAUGUUCAAGAGAAAUACCUUAAAUUAUCCUCAGAGAAACCUGCCAAGUAUAAACUCGAAAUUACUCUCCCCUAUUCAGUUAAUGAUGAAUGUGGUACAGCUAGGUUCGAUAAGAGUAAACAUAUGUUGAUAGUGACUUUACCAGUGAUAAAAAAGAACUUAACCAGUAACGAACACUCUUUAAAAGUGGAUAGUGGUGUGGAAAGUGAGGACAAUUCAGGUCAUAGUGAUGAAGAUAAUCAUAAUAACUUAAUAGAAGAGCUGUCUUCAACCUCAGCUGAAGUAGUCAGUCAGGAACUUGUCCCAGUACCAGCAGAGCCUUGUAACAUAAGUGAUAAUAACUCUGAAGCAUUUUUAGACUCAUCAUUUGGGUACUCUCUCCCUCCAUACACAUAUAAUGUGAUGGAUGAUAUAGUAGCAUUAACAUUCCAUGUCAAAAACACUGAGCCAGACUCUGUACAGGUGAAGAAUGAUGGCCAUCAGAUCUACAUUAAGUUCACAUCAGUUGGGGCUGGCUUUGUACCUGUGCAUUAUGCAGCCAUCAUUUCAUUUGAUGAAGAUGUUAAAUUUGACAAUGUCACAGGGGAGGCAUGGGACAAUAAUGUUAUUUUACAGCUGGAACUGUCUGCAGCUUUACCUCAGAAAUUCCAUAUUGGGUUGAGUCAAGACUCAAUGACUUGUGAGUAUUUUGAUCUGACUCAGGUAAAGAAGACAAAAGAAGAAAAGUCUGAGGAAUUAGAACAAGAGCCUGUUACUCCUGUUGUCGAGGUAACCAACUUGGGCUCUGAGACAAACAUAGUUGUUUCAUCUAAUUAUAUAGAAUAUGAUGAAGAUGACUUAGAUUCCCCAACAUCUUUGGACAGGGACAUUGUGUUUACUGACUCUGGUAACUGUGAGAAUGGUGCAAAGAGCAUACUCCGGAAACCAAACAUGAUGAGAAGCUUUUCCGAGUCAAGUGUUGGAGAUGUAGCCUCUUCUAUGGAUUAUAUCAGUUCAGAUUGUAUCCCAGAAGAAUCAAGCUUGAAGAAGACUGUUAGGUUUAGUGAUGUUAUAGCAAAACAAUUUUACAGGUAUAAUUCGUCUAUAGAAGGCCAGAAAAAGAAAAAUCAAAGGAAGAAGAGUAAAAAGCGUAGUCAAGACCGGAGAAAGAGCGAGAGUGAAGCAGAGGAUGACAUCAGUAGUAUGCCUCAGAAGCCAAGGUUGAAAUCCGUAUUGAAGCCUCGCCGUGACAGCGGCCUCGCGGACACGUCUGACGCUGAAUCUGAAUGCAAAAACACUGCCGACGAAGGACCUUUUGACACUGCCCACGAAGAUGGCUACAGCGAAAAAGAUGAGGAAGAGGAAACCUCCGAAAGAAACACAUCCGUGUUAAAUAUAGUAGGAAAUAAUGAUAAUGUAACUAAUAAGGCAGAAGCCGAUAUCUGGGAAACGGAGACGUCGAAACGUCCAGAAAAGCGUGAACCAAUAACCAGUGAGAAUAUCCAACAUAACACCAACUUCUAUGACCCAGACAAGUUAAACAAGGGCCAAUACUUAGAAGUUACGUUCAAAAAUGAUCUCAUAUUUGACUUAGACAUGUGAGAUAUACCAUCUCUUUUACAGCUUCCUUUAAAAAAGGGCUUGUUUGGAAUGUUAUAACUUACCCAGUAGAUGUAAUGUAUUAGAAUAUCCAGUGAUUCUGUUUGUCUAGAUAUACUUAGCUAGAUUAGUAUUAUAUUUCCUUUAUGAUUUAGUAUAUUGUUAAUGUUCCUUCCAUUAUGUAUUUUCAAAUUUGCUAAGUUUAUGGCAAUGGUUUCUAUAUUUUAUAUUUAAUCAAAUACUUUAUAGUCUUUAAUCUUGGACAAUCAAAAUUACUUAUACAAGUUAAAAAAUUUCAAAAUUAUAAUCGGUAUACACUAAAUCGGAACUUAGUAAAUUUAGAAAAUUUUAAAGUAUCUAAAGUUUGUAGUUAUAGUCAUUCGACAACAAACACGUCUGAUAAUUUUACUCUGCUCACGUUAGACAAUAUACUUAUUAGUCAACCUGCAUUUCAUGGUACAAAUUAGAUUUACGUCAUUUGUAAUUCGUUAAGAGAUGGGAAUUGAUUUUAUCUGAGAAUGAAGCCUACCUCUCGCCUAAUUUAGAUAAUAACACUUUUGCACGGCAACAAUAGAUUGCUAGGUUUACACAAUGCAAAUACUUAAUAAAACACAUGAUUGUAGUGUAUAAAAUUUACAGUGGAAAUGUCUACAGUAAUAAUAUUUAUAUUAUGUUUAGGAGUGUAAUCAUAAUCUUGGUUUACUAAUUUACAAUAACAUUGUCAUAUUUGACACUCAAAUCAGUGCCUUUCGUGUAUUAUAAUAACGAAAAAAUAUAACCAGUGGGAAUGUAUCCGUCGACUAUUGUCAUAAACCAUGCAUUUUGUUUUAUUCAUUAAGAACCUCGUAGGCGUGUAUUGUAUGAGCAAUUAUGCGAGUUAUGUUUGAUGUAACGUUUACAAAUUUAUUUAACAAUGAAUGAUUGUGGUUUGGUGAAUUAGUUUAAUACAUGAAUUGAUUAGA